CGAGCACAGCCGGGACAGAAUUUCACUCUUCACCACCUCGCGGUCACUGACUGCCUCCAGGCUGGAUUCACCAUGUCCAGCUCGGAGACGCACACUUCCACGACCUGCAGUUGGCGGACCCAGCGCUCCAAGGGCCAGCUUCCGCAAAAGCCGCGGCUCGUAGGCCUCUCUGGAUGCCAUCCGCUUCCUCCCCGACCGCAGCCGUACAGGGGAGAGCACAUGGAAGGAGUUCAGAGCCUCCCUCGUCUCCUUCCGUCGAUGACAGAGAUGCCCAAGACCGUGACUCUGUGUUUCAAGAAGGAGAAGGAGAAGGAGAAGGAGAAGGAGAUGGAGAAGGCGCCCUUGCAGUUGCAGCAGCAUGCUGUGGGUGAUGGCUCCAUGACGAAGCGCUCUGCGAGCAUCAAACCUCGCGAGGGACAGCAGCCGCGCCGGAUUCCUAUUCCUCUCGAGGCUCUUUUCGGGCCUCCGCGGACCCCCUCUCCGCAUUUCUACGCCGUAGCCGCGAAGGAUGCCAUGAAGAAGGCGAAGUACACUUGCAUUCCACUUCCACUGGAGGAGUUCCUCGGGCUCCCCCGCUCGACCCGCUCGCCGACCACCCCCUCACUCCCGAGCCCCUCAAACGGCGAACCGUCGCCGAUUACGCCUUCGACCAAGGCUCUAACCAAGGCACGCCGAUCCUCGCACUCGGACGUGCUCGUACUGCACCGGAACAAGGGCGCGCUCUUCUUCAAAGAGAUUUAGCCGCCGACGCAUGCUACCUGGCGCAGGAGUAUGGUCACGGUAGGGAGUCGAGCAUCGGAACUCGAGGACAGAUAGUAGCUAGCGGGUGGUCUGAUGAAAGAUGCAAAUGAACCACACUAUAGCUACAAAUAAAUUU